AAUGUUAUUAGCCGCCUGCACAGUGUACUCUCACAUACUUUCUUAGCCACCAAUUGAGAAGCCUUCCCUCUUGAGCAGAAAACUGGUAUGGCGUAUUCUGCCCUUCUUUCUCUUAGUCACGUUCUUGAGAAUACGCUGCAUCAUGAUGAUCGAUAUCUGAUUCAUGAUGAGAAACAACAAACCCCAUUUCUUCUAGAAAAGGUGCGUAUCUUACUAGAUUUUCUUGAUAAUUAUUCACAAAAAAGCAUCAAAGCAAUAGAAAGUUUAGGCAUCAAAGCAAUAGAAGGUUUAGAGAGUCGAAUCACGGAUGCAGCAUACAAAACAGAGGAUAUCAUUGAAUCCCACAUCAGGCGUCGAGUUUUUGAAGAAUCCAAGCAUCAGAAGGAGAAGAAUUUCUUUAGUAUACUCCAGGAUGAACUAAAAGAAAUAGAUGCCAUCAUAAAAGAAAUCGAUCCCAUCAAAAAAAAGGUAAACAACAUGGAGGACGAGACGGAUGUACGAAAUCUGCAUCCACGGACUUCGUCGCUUGUUGCGUCAUCGAAAUCUGCGAGAAAUCUCGAGAGUAUAAUGGUGGGUCUUGAUGAUAACAUGAUGAAGAUCAAGGAUCAGCUCACCGGGGGACCAUCAAAUCUUAGAACUGUUUCCAUUGUGGGAAUGGGCGGAAUAGGUAAAACUACUCUCGCCAGAAAAGUUUAUGAAGAUGAAUUUAUUUUGUCUCAUUUUCAAAUUCGUGCUUGGGUGACAGUAUCUCAAGACUAUAAUAUGAAAGAAAUCUUUCUAAGCCUCUUAGAUUCGAUGGGAAAACCCACUAACCAGAAUCGUGAAAAAACCACUGAAGAAUUAAAACGGCUUUUUCGCGAGAAUCUAAUGGGUAGGAGGUUUCUCAUUGUGAUGGAUGACGUCUGGGACACCAAAGUUUGGGAUCAUGUGAAGCGAUUGUUUUCAAAUAACAAUGAUGAGAGUCGAAUCAUGAUGACAACUAGGGAAGAAAAUGUGGCCCGUAAGGCAAACUCUUGUUCUCCUCAUCGCAUGAGUUUUCUAACCGAGGAGGAAAGCUGGAGUUUAUUUUGUGCGAAUGUUUUUGGAAAAGAUCGCUGCCCUCGUGAACUCAAACCUAUCGGUAAGAAGAUAGUCCAAAAUUGUCGAGGACUGCCACUUGCAAUUGUUGUGAUUGCUGGACUUCUCUCGAAGGCCACGAGAACAGUACAUCACUGGACAAAUGUUGGAGAAAAUCUGAGUUCGGUGAUAGCUUCAAACGAUGAGCAAUGCUUAAAGAUACUAUCUUUAAGUUACAAGAAUUUACCUCAUCAUUUGAAAGGAUGUUUCCUUUAUUUCGGAAUCUUCCAAGAAGACUCGGAUAUCAAUGUCUCCACACUUUUCAAGUUAUGGGUUGCCGAAGGAUUUAUAAAAUCAGCGGAAAACAAAACUUUGGAAGAUAUGGCUGAGGAAAGCUUAUUAGAUCUUGUUGAUCGGAAUCUUAUUUUGGUUUCUGAAUGGAGUUCCAAAGGUAAAAUCAAAACAUGCAUGAUCCAUGAUCUGUUACGUGACCUAUGUGUGAAAGAAGCUCAAAGGGAGAAGUUUUUUCAUAUCACGGACAGUAAUCUCCAUGGUAUGCCCAAUGGCAUUAGCCUGCGCCGUUUAAUCUUACCAAGAGAUGUAGAUCAUCCUACCAGAAAACUUCCGCCUUUUCUUUUGCGAUCUCUUCUAAAUUUUGGUAGGUAUGUUCCGGUAAAGUUGUUAACUGGUAUGCUAGUCAGAGUGUUGGAUGCGGGGCAUAUAACUCAUUAUCCAACUGAAAUGGCAGGACUAGUUAACUUACAGUACCUCGCUUUCAGCUACGAUAAUGGGAGGCUUCCUGCAUCAGUAUACAAACUCCGAUAUCUACAAACCUUAAUUCUUUACGACACCACAGUUCCAGUAUCUCUUACACCCGAACUAUGGACGAUGACACGGUUGAGGCAUCUCCAGUUGGGGGAAAUGAUUCUUCCUGAUCCUCCUAAAGCAGAAAAUUCUGUUAUCGUUCUUGAAAACUUACAAACGCUCUCCACUGUGAUAAAAUUCAGAUGUACAGAGGAGAUCCUGGAAAGGGUUCCCAAUCUCAAGAAAUUGGGAAUCUGUCUGGAAGAUGUGGGUUUGGAAUACUUCUAUCUCAAGAAUCUCGACCAUCUACAUCAACUUGAAUCUUUGAAAUUCUUAUUUCUCGUGUCGAUGCCAUCUUUCUUGGAUAACAUCAUUUUCCCGUCUUCACUAAAAAAAUUAACUUUAGAUGGCAGCUGCUUCAAAUGGUAA